AGUCCUCUGUACUCUCUAGGGACCAUGGCUAAUCAGUCUCAGUGCCUGGACGAUGCACCUUUGGGUUGCCGCUGGGCCAACGUGAUGGCCUCGCGGAGCCUUCAGGAGCAAUAUAGCGAGGCUCAGCGCUUGGCCCUGGAGGAGUUGGUCUCUGGUGGUCCUGAUGCCUUUCGGGGUUUCCUAAAGCGUGAGCGGGUCCCUAGCUUCCUCUCAGAACCAGAGGUGGGCGAGAUCCUGGGCAGCGCAGCCGCUCUGCAAUGCGGGGAGGACGAGGUUUCGGUGUCAGCAUCCGUUGACUGCUCAUCAGUUACCUAUUUCCCUGAUCGUUCGGACAUUGAGCCCCCGCUGCUGGAGCUCGGUUGGCCGGCGUUCAGCACUGGAUCAUACCGCGGGGUGACGCGGGUGGAGGUCCAUUUCCAGCCCAACUUUGGGGAAACCAUCUACAGCUGCAAGGAGGCAGCCCGUGAAAUGAUCCGAUCUGCUCGAGAGGUAAUUGCUAUAGUCAUGGACACCUUUACAGACAAUGACCUGUUUCAGGAUGUUGUUGAAGCUUGCAGGAAGCGCAGGGUUGCAGCCUACAUCCUGCUGGACCAAGCACAGUUCCCACACUUUCUCACUAUGUGUCAUAAUCUGGGAGUCUCCCUUGAAGCAGAGAAGAACCUGAGGGUCAGGACACUAACUGGCAAUAACUACUACACACGUUCUGGAGCUAAGAUUGUUGGCAAGGCACAUGAGAAAUUUCUUUUGGUGGAUGGACUGAAAGUGGCAACAGGAAGUUACAGCUUCACUUGGACAGAUGGAAAACUAAACAGCAGUAACUUAAUAAUUCUGACGGGCCAGGUGGUGGAGAAUUUUGAUCUGCAGUUCCGAGUCCUCUAUGCUCAGUCCAAACCAAUUAGUGCAAAACUACUGUCCUCUAUGCGGCUUCAAUUUGUUUCUCUGGACUGCCCUCCCAAAAAGAUUCAAAACAAGCACAUAAGUCCUUUACUUUUGCCCCUAGAACUAGUAAAGCUGUCUAGUACACCGAAAAGAGAUGUCAAAGUCGCAGAUGCUGUUACUAAUAUGGACGUAGAAGAUGACUGGCUACAGAGUUGUGAUAUUAUCACUGGACUGAAGGAGAGCCAGAGUAUUUCAACACAGACUGAGCCACAUGAGGGCAGCUUGCCCAGAAGAGGGAUGGAUAUUACCACGCAAACUUACAUUUUGUCUGAUAGUAUUGGAACCCAAACUUCUGUGGCAGCCAAAGUGGCUUCCACCCAAACUAUGGUGCUGUCACGAUCUGUGACUACGCAAACCACUCAGUUCAUAGAACCCUCACCUGUUGUCCAAGGAACAGCACUACGAUCCACUCUUACAAGGUCUUCCUCUACGUUCUCUUCUUCCUCCUCCUCUUCCACUAUGUCUAGUUCUAGUACUAGCUCUGAUUCUUCUGUUAGAUCAUCUGACUAUAUAGGUAAUGCCAUGCAAAGACCAGAAUAUCCACUUCGAGACAGCUUCAAAAAGUUAACCAAGGAACGCCAGUUUCAUUACACUACUAUACGUACUAAACUUGAUCAGAUGGUCUCUAUUCUCUCCAGGAGAAACCGUCUGGCUUCUUCAUACCUCAAUUGUGAUUCAGCCCGGUAUGGCAUGCAGAGGAGUAUAAUGCACAGUAGUCUUCUGAACCUCCGUGAGGGUAACCGCUUUGCCCCUAAUGUCUGAAACUUAACCCAGCAGAUAUGACUUGAAUGGAAAUACAACUUGACUGCUUUUAGCAGUAGGUUAAAAUCUGGGGAUAGAAUGCCAGUGGUCUUCCUUUCAUGAGCUACAGUGGCAUGUUAAUAUAAUGCUAAACCUUAUUGUGGUGUUAGAGGAUAAAAGAACAAUUUGCUUUUUCUACAGCUGCAGGUAUAAAAUCUGUCCUUAGCUUAGUAAUAAAGACAGAACACUGAUUUUUUUUUUCUACUCCUCAUGUAAUAUGCAACUGGACUUUGUAAUUAACUUAAUUCAGCUUCACUAGUGUGUCAAGAAAUAUCUCAUCCUCUGUUAAAUAUAAAACUCCUCAGGGUGUUUAGCAAAGCUCACUCCUGUCCUUGUAAAGGGGGAGUAGGGUCCCAUACCUUUUUACAAAUGACAACCAGGGAAGGUAUGCAGAUCUGUGAAGGCUCCUGAGGCAUUAAGGGCAACAUGUUUAAACUGUAUUCUAUUAUAAGUGAGAAAAAAUGCUGUAGUGUCACCUGCUCUAAUGCUUUAGGUUACAGUAUUAAUUUUAUAUUUGCUGACUGGAUUUUUGUGAGAGGUAUUUAGUUAGUCAGUCUGUCUCAUUAUUCAACAAUAUCUGUUAGCUAUUAUUUGCUCCUUCAGUUCAACCACUCAACAAACUGCUGCCAACCUCCAUGUUUAUUCAGUUAAUUUUAGUUUAAAACUUGUCUGACCUUUUUAAAGACAGUCAGAUAACCCACAGCUGCAAAUCAUAAUUAAGAGAACCUAGGAGUAGGUUUACCAUUUGGUCCAAAGCAAAAAGAUCCAAGUAUCAGAAAGGAGGGAUAGGGAUGUUUCUCCUGAUGUAUACAACUGAGAUGCUGCUGUUGCUAGUGUGUAAUACCUGAGUUGUGCAGAUAUUACUACUGCAUACCCAUGUAACACUGCACACAGGGCUACACCUGGUGUGUCAAACGGUAGGUUGUAUCUUCCAGUAGAUCUGUGCUCACCAAUAGACUGAAAGACUAUGUAAUUUCCGAUUUAACCAGAAGGGAAAACCUUGUCUCAAGCUGAAAUAAAAGUGUAAAUGUGUUUUCUACAAGUAUAAUCUGUGGCAUAAUCGUUGCUACACAUGAUGUUUAAGCACAAUAAUAUUUGAAUGACAAAUCUAAGGUAUGAGCACAGAUAGAUGACAAACCACAAACAGUAGAUCACAUUUCACAAACUCAUGACUUCACUGCACAUAUUAGCUCUUCAUUCUUCUUUCAGUGCAACAUAUAAGCUUUUUAUAUUAUCAGCGUUAAUACUUGCUCUAAGAAAAUACAUUACACUAAGAAGUUGUCAAUUUAUUCAGCAUUGUGAGAAUUUUUAAUUUAUAAAAAGAAAUGUGGCUUCAUUUUUAACUUUUUAAUUUUACAUAGUUUUAAUAUGUAGAAACGGCAAUUACACACAAUGUGUGCAUACGUUUUUUUUUAUUAAGUAUGUGGUUUUGUUUUUAAAUUAUUUAAAUACUAGACAAAAUGCUCUUGCAGUUAAAACAUUGCAAUCCUUGCUAGCAGAUGUCUCAAACUUUGCAUUUUUUUUUAUGGAACGUGAACUUGGUAGUUUUUAUAAUUAUUAUAAACAUAUAUUAUAUUAUAUAUAUAUACCAAGAUCAAUGCUGUCUAGCUUUAUACAAAUAGCAGUUAAAUUAAUAAAUUGAAUUACCCCGACAUUGCAAUGUUAUAAAAUAUUCUGCAUUUGCUGUGUUUCAUCUACAAAUUUCUGUAGUAUUUAGGUGGGAGCAUGCACAACUUCAGCAAAAGCUGCCUAGCAAUCUACAAAAAAAAAAUUUUCUUUUCUUCAAGUGUGUUUUAAUACAGAGCAGUUCUAAUACGUUAUAUGCUUGAAAGUAGGUUUAAGUCUGUCAUAUUUGUUAACCCAUCUAUUGUGGUUUUAUGUUAAUGCAAUAGGAUCUUUAUUUUUUUGGGGGGGGUUUGCACAAUUAUAUUUUGGGUGUGGUGGCUUUUUUUUUUUUUUUUUUAAAUAAUACAGUCGGCUCCUUUCUUUGGUCAGGGGGCAUUGAUAGGAAUAGAUGGGUGAUCAUGCACUUUCUGGGUUUGUAGUUUGUUUUCUGAGAUGCUACACAUGUAAAUAUUUCUCUUAUUCAAAUGCAAUUUAUUUGAUGUUUCCUUUUUACAUAUGCUAAAUAAGAUGCAAUAAAGUUACUUAAGACUUUGUAA